AUGGAAGAAACCAAGAAGACUCGUGUCCAGAUGCCCAAAAGAAGGCAAAAACCAGUGAAGACCCAGUGGAAUGCCCAGUGCGUCCUUCUCACCUACUUCCAAGGGGACAUCAGCAGCGUGGUGGACGAGCACUUCUCCAGAGCUCUGAGCAAGCUCAAGAGGCCACAGGGAUGGAGUUCCUGCAGACAUGGUGAAAAUGUGGUCCUCAAGAAUGAGCUGAAAGAGGUGCCCGUGGAGAGAAAGGGAAGCAGUUGCAGCAUGCCCCCAAAUCAGUGGCAUCUCACGCCUUCCUGGACAAAGCCACAGCCAGAAGCAUCUCUAGCAAAUGGCGCCAGCAGCAGCAGCAGCAGCUUGGAUAAAUGUGGUCCUAAGGCUCUAGAUCAGAAUCUGCUGUCUGUUCCCAAGACCCCCGCUGCACAUCCUCAAGAGAUGUGGCCUUUUUCCUCUCUAGCAAGGCCAGACUUCCUAGAGGCUGCCUACUUUCGUGUAUUCCCUAACAGGCCUCCGGCUCCAGUGGUCUACCCUGACGGGAGACGCGGAUCCCUCCUACAUUUACUCCAGCAGGAUAGAUACCUAAACCGUCCUCUGGAACCUGCCGCCAGGGAGAACUGCAACCCUGCCAAGACAGCUGGAAGCUCGGGCCUGCACGGGAACCUGCCUCUCAACUCAGAGCACUGUAAGGAAACGCUCACAGAUACUUGCAAGGUCAUUGUGGUUGGCAAUAAGAAAAUCUAUGGCCAUGAAUAUGCCUACCCCAGUUUUGGCAAUGAAAAGAAGCAACUCUGCCGAAUUCUUUCAUCUGAGCCCAAAUUUGUCAAGGUGACUAAGAUGAACGAAACCAUGAAGAUUAGCUGCUUCAGAGGUUCGGCUUUCAGCCACCCCAGGAUUAAAUCUGUGGUCGGGGAAAGUGUGUCUGAGGCCCAAGGGCAGGAACCUGGGCUUUACGCUAAAUUCAAAAUUAGAAGCUUCAAACUGAGAACAGUUUGA